UUUUGUAUGCCUGUGUCCAGCCAGUCGCUUGACGUUCAAGUUCGUAGGGACGUCACGUCCGCACUUGAACUUGUAGCUCAGGGGGGCUUUUGCCAUUUUUUUCAUCUCUCUCUCUCUUUCUCUCCCUCUCUCUCCUUUCCCCCUCUCUCUCUUCUUUUUUCCCCCCUCUCUCCCUCUCUCCCUCUCUUGCACAGAAAGGGGAAAAAAGGAAAAAGGGAAGAAAAAAAAAAGCCAAGCCAUGACUGCUCUCCCACAAUUCAUCUUCCCCGCGCCAUCUUUGUAUUAUUUCUAAUUUAUUUUGGAUGUCAAAAGACAUUGAUGAAGAUAUUGGCUCGGGAGGCUCCUUCCUUUCCAACCCGGCGCUUCCCGAUGUGAUCCGUGCAAGAGAGCUCGCCGCGCGCCCGCCCGACCAGCCGCCGCCGCCGCCACCAUGUCGCGCCGCAAGCAAGGGAAACCCCAGCACUUAAGCAAACGGGAAUUUUCACCCGAACCUCUAGAAGCCAUUCUCACCGAUGAUGAACCAGAUCAUGGUACGUUGGGAGCUCCAGAAGGGGACCAUGACCUUCUUACAUGUGGCCAGUGUCAGAUGAACUUCCCAUUGGGGGACAUCCUUAUUUUUAUCGAGCACAAACGGAAACAAUGCAAUGGCACGCUUUGCCUAGAGAAGGCUGUGGAUAAGCCCCCUUCGCCCUCGCCGAGCGAGCUGAGAAAAGCAUCCAAUCCCGUGGAGGUUGGCAUCCAGGUCACGCCUGAGGAUGACGAUUGUUUGUCAACGUCAUCUAGAGGAAUUUGCCCUAAACAGGAACAUAUAGCAGGUAAAGAUGAACCCAGCAGCUACACAUGUACAACAUGUAAACAGCCAUUCAACAGCGCCUGGUUUCUCUUGCAACACGCACAGAACACUCAUGGAUUAAGAAUCUACUUAGAAAGUGAACACGGAAGUCCCCUGACACCACGGGUUGGUAUCCCAUCAGGACUAGGUGCAGAAUGCCCUUCACAGCCACCACUCCAUGGGAUUCACAUUGCAGACAAUAAUCCUUUUAAUUUACUCAGAAUACCUGGAUCAGUAGCAAGAGAAGCUUCAGGUCUUGGAGAAGGGCGUUUUCCUCCCACACCGCCUUUGUUUAGUCCUCCUCCAAGGCAUCACUUGGAUCCACAUCGCAUAGAACGCUUGGGUGCCGAAGAAAUGGCUCUUGCAACCCAUCACCCCAGUGCCUUCGACAGGGUGCUGCGACUCAACCCCAUGGCCAUGGAGCCCCCAGCUAUGGAUUUCUCCAGACGGCUUAGAGAGUUAGCUGGAAACACCUCUAGCCCUCCAUUGUCACCGAACCGGCCCAGUCCUAUGCAAAGGUUACUGCAACCAUUCCAGCCAGGCAGCAAGCCGCCAUUUCUGGCAACGCCACCUCUUCCUCCUCUUCAGUCUGCACCUCCCCCUUCCCAGCCUCCUGUCAAAUCCAAGUCCUGUGAAUUCUGUGGGAAAACCUUCAAGUUUCAAAGCAACUUAGUUGUCCACCGUAGGAGCCACACUGGAGAAAAACCUUACAAGUGCAACCUUUGUGACCAUGCAUGCACUCAGGCAAGCAAAUUAAAGCGCCACAUGAAAACCCAUAUGCACAAAUCGUCCCCCAUGACAGUAAAGUCAGAUGAUGGCCUCUCCACAGCCAGUUCCCCAGAGCCUGGAACCAGCGACCUUGUGGGCAGUGCUAGCAGUGCCCUUAAAUCCGUAGUGGCCAAGUUUAAGAGUGAGAAUGACUCAAAUAUGAUUCCAGAAAAUGGGGAUGAAGAUGAGGAAGAAGAGGAGGAGGAAGAAGAAGAAGAAGAGGAAGAAGAAGAGGAGGAUUUGACUGAAAAUGAAAGACCAGACUAUGGCUUUGGCAUUAAUCUAGAAGCAGCUCGUCACCAUGAAAACAAUUCCCGCUCUGUUGAGGAGAAUCGUUCUAUGCCAGAUGUCAUGCAAGGAAUGGUCCUGAGUUCCAUGCAACACUUCAGUGAGGCCUUUCAUCAGGUCCUUGGAGAGAAACAUAAACGAGGGCACUUGUCUGAAUCUGAGGUGCACAGAGACACUUGCGAUGAAGACUCAGUAGCUGGUGAAUCUGAUCGCCUUGAUGACGGCGCUAUUAAUGGCCGGGGGUGUUCCCCGGGUGAAUCUGCCGCCGGAUGUUUGUCAAAAAAGCUGCUCUUGGGUAGCCCCAGUUCCCUAAGUCCUUUCUCCAAACGAAUCAAACUUGAGAAGGAGUUUGACCUACCUGCUACAGCUAUGCCUAAUGCUGAAAAUGUUUACUCCCAGUGGCUAGCUGGGUACGCCGCCUCUAGGCAGCUAAAAGAUCCAUUCCUCAACUUUGGAGACUCCCGACAAUCGCCUUUUGCUUCCUCCUCAGAACACUCCUCAGAAAACGGAAGUUUACGCUUCUCAACGCCUCCCGGGGAGAUGGAUGGAGGGAUAUCAGGCCGCAGCGGUACAGGAAGUGGAGGGAGCACCCCGCAUAUUAGUGGCCCAGGCCCUGGAAGGCCUAGUUCAAAAGAGGGCAGACGCAGCGACACUUGUUGGCGUAGCGCCCAGGGGACUCCUGAUGUGUGGCAAUUUCCGGAUGGAAGCUCAAGGCCGCUUAAAUUCUGAGAGAAUGUGAAGUGGGAUGUGCGCCACGUAUGUGACAUCCAAGUGGGGUUUUGCUGUUGGGUUAGUUUGUGACGCUGUCUCGCAGAACAGCUUCAGGAGCCACCACGCCAAAGGCAGGAUCCUACUGGACCUACCCACACCCCCCCACGCACUCACUGCCUGACUGAUGCACUCUUUAUUUAUAUAUAUUUUUAAUAUGAUACAAAACCCACAUCAUCUAAAAACAGUUAUCCAUCAAGGGCUUUCCAUGGUCGAUACGUUUUUUUAAAAAAUUAUUAUUUGACAAUCUUGAAGGCCAUUUCCAAAAUGGCACUGGGAAAGCCUCCCUUAAAACAUACUGAUAGACUGGACCAGCAAAUGAUUCCCCCAGAAAAGUGACCGGCCCACUGAAAAUAUUGUAUGUCCAUCUACCCAUGCACAAUUUGUGAUAACAAAAACCUGAAAGAAAUUUAAAAAAACUGCCAAGUUUCAUACAAUGUUAUAAGCUGACUGAACGAAACGGAAAGAUCUUUAUCUGGGAUACUGAAGAAUAGCAGCUGGCCAGAACAGAGAAGAUUGGACUUGGUGGACCAAUGAUCUGACUCAAUGGUAUAAAGUUAUUCCUUGGACUCCUACUCAGCUGGGAGAGAUGUGUGGGGUGAAUAAACCUCUUAACUAAGGUGAAUUCUGUACAGUCCAGUGUUACUGCUGAGAUGGCUCCCAGUAGGUCUCCACACAUCCCUUUUCCAUCCAGAGAAACUACGAGAAGAGAAAAAAAAAUGAGAUCACAUUUCUAAUGACCUCACCCAUGUUGAGAUGCUCAUGUACAAGCUGACAGUACAUUUGAAUUUUGAUAUGUAUUGACUUUUAAAAUGUUUCGUGUUCACUGCCCAACCCUGCUCAGUCUUAGAAGUCAGCAUAGGAAGCAGCUGCCAAUCUAGGAGCUAUGGCGUCAAUCCUUGGGGACUCAAAAACACAGGUUCACCUUUCUUCUUGGCUGUGAUAUUGACCAUAGGAUUGUGGGGUUGCUCCUUUUGACCAGUCAGAUUAACCGCCUGUUAUUUGACCAUGAUCAAACAUGGUCAAAAGUUACAUCAUAGUGCCUAACUGUUAUUGGGUCCAUGGUACCAGUUGAAUCUAACUAUUGGAGCAGGGAUUCUCAACAUGGUGCCUGUGGGUGCCAUGGCAGCACCAACUCCUUGGUGCCCACCAAGUGUUUUUAGAAAAUGUGCAGUGCCAGGUGGGGCUUUUGCCCAGCAAAAUUUCUAAUUGGCCUCAGAAAAUUAGAUUAGAUUUGCAGAUUAAAAAACAACAACAGCAGCUGCCAACACAGCACAAAGAUCUUCUCUGUGUAACUGAAGAUAAGUUGUGGCAGCCAUUUUGUGACUUUGCCCACUAUUCUGUUUCAGAAUUGUGAAGGUGCCCACAUGUUCCAAAAGGUUGGAGACCCAUUGGUUAGAAUGAGUGCAUUUUGCCUCUCAGUAUGUCAAAAGAUGGAGGCUAUACAACCUACUGCACCACUCUCUUCAGAGAUCUUCCAUCUUCCCCCCCCAAUCAAGCCACAUGGUCUAGUUUUGUCUUCAGGCUUUGUGCUGUAACUGCAGACAUAUAACAGAAGAGGCAGGAAGCAUAAACAGUGGCAAAGAAUGCAAGUGCCUAAGGUCAGAGCUGCUACCACUACAUUUGCCAUGCGGUAGAACAUGGAGCUCUGUAAAAAUCCCCCGAGACUGGACACCCUGAGAAGACAGUAGUUGUAGGUAGCACAAUUUUCUCUAUGCUUUGUUACUGUUCUAACAAAAAAAUGUAUUAAAUACAUUACUAUUAUUUGACAACAAUGUGAUAUCCACAAAGAUAUUUAUAAAAGUUUUUAUGGGGGUAUUCAAGGGGAGAGAAUUGGGAUGUGAGUGUGUGUGUUCUUGGAACCUGGUUCUUACCUAAUUCUUUGGUCCUUUCCAAAGAAAAGGGCGAGACAGCAGAGGAAGCAGGUAUCAUUCCAAGCCACUGCUAUUUUUCUGUAAGAUUAGUUAAUAGCAACCAUCUUCUGUACUGGCCUCAUCCCUUUUAGUCCUCCAGCAUGCCUGUAAGAAAACAUCCUAUAUUACCAAGUUUGGCUAGACAUUCAAGUGCCAUUGCUAUCUGGCAUAGCCUAUCCUGCACUCUCUCCACAGCUGAGGUAUACUGCAAACACAAAGAUUGAUGGUGCUUGAAGUGGGGGGCGGGGGGGUUAGGUGCGCAUUGGAAGCAUUCAUACCCUUUCUCAGAGACAUUGUGCAAAUCAACAACAGCACUGAUAGCAAGGAUUCAGUUGUGAUCUUUUCAAAUUAUUUUGUUUGUUCAUUUUUAGGACAGAGGAAGCUGCUUUAUACCAGAGUCAGAACAUUGGUCCAUGUAGCCCUGUACUGUCUAUUCUACAUGGCAAUGGGUCUCCAAGGAAAGAUCUUGGGCCAGCCAGGCUAUCUGAGAUCCUUUCACUGGACAUAAUAAGGAUUAAGCUGGGACCACAUUCAGAGCAGGUGCUCUGUCAUUGUGCAAUGGACUACAUAGCCAACACAACUUUAAUUACUGUAAAAAUCAACCCUUGCAAAUCAAAAUACAUGCAUUUACCAGACAUUUGCAGCUGUGGACAGCAUACUUCCUGGAACUACUGAAAUUAUGUUCAUGAUUCUGUGUUACAACAACCAUAUUGAUAUUUAUUCCUGUCGAAAUUCAUGUGGAAAUCCAAACUGCCUCAUUUAUCGUGUACACAACCGAGUGAAUCUGAUUGUGAUGUACUGCAUUUCUGUUGCUUAAAUAUGUACAUUUUGGAGGGAAAAUAGGGUGGGCGGGCCAUGAUAUGCUUUACUUUAUGUUUGGAACAAUAAGAUAUGACUACAAAACAAGAUAUGUUUGUGUCAAACUGUGAUUGCACAAUUGGAACUUCUGGGAUCACCAGGAAAUACAGUGAACCCAGGUGGUUGGGUAUGUUGAGAAGAUCACAAGAGGUGCCCUGUCUGAUCAGACCAGUGGUCCAUCUAGUUCAGUAUCCCAUUUCUAACAGUGGCCAACUAAUUUCAGGGCCUACCAAAGGAUGUAGAGGCCAAACCUGUCUUCUGAUGGUGCCUCCUAAUUCUGGUAUUCAGAGGUUUUCUAUCUCUGGAGUGGAAGUUCCUUUUAAGAAUUGUUAAAAACGUAUUGUCCAUCAUAGUUUGCCCAAUGAACCCAAAUGAAUUCAGGCAACACCUAAGAAGCAGCACAAAAACCAGUUUGCCCAUGGCUAUUCAGCAAGACACAGAAUCUGCAUUUCUUAUACAGAAUCAAUUGGGGAGGGGGAUCAAUUCCUAUGCCAUUCAGGUGUACUGUAUAGUGUAGUAGUGAGGAUGUGAAAGUUGGUUGGUAAACAGCAAAGAGGUUAGUCAGCCCAGGACUUGACACUGGUAUGGCCACAGAUAUACGCACUCUGCAGAAAAUGUUGCCAAAAGUUGCCUCCAAAGCAACUUACCUGGAUAUGAGUUGUGUGAAGACAAGCUUCCCCUUCUCCACUGCCUGGUUAAUCUGCCUUUGGAAAAAUCCGUUCCCAUCUUUAUGAAUUAUGUCCUGAGGGCCAAAUUUUAACACGAGGGUGUGUUUGUUGGUCCCCCUUGGUUUCUUCCCACAUGACAGUGCCAUGGAAACACAUCCUGUGAAGAAUAGUGUGGGAAGGUCUCUUAUGAGAGGCAGAAGUGCAAAGGGAAACAAGGAGAGAAAAUGAUAGAUCUAUGGAGAUACAAGUAGUAUAGGUUAAUGAUUCUUCAUAAUUUAUGCAGGCAUAUAUAUAUAUAUAUAUAUAUGCGCAGAACAUAAUCAAUUACCUUCCCAAGCUAUAAAUUUGACACAAACCGUUCUUGAGGGAAAAUGGACUGUAUGGGUAUUCCUUGAGGAAUGGGAUACUAUAGUUCCACUCAUUGUAAGGAGCUCAUUUCUCCAUCAUUCAAUCUGAUGAAGAACCCUAUUCAUAUGCCAUUAGGGUUGCCAACCACCAGAUGGGGACUAGAGAUCUCCCAGAAUUACAACUGAUCUCCAGGCAACAGAGAUCAAUUCCUCUGAAGAAAAUGUCUGCUUUGGAUGGUGGAUUAUAUGACAUUAUACCCCAAGUCCCAUCCUCCAGAGGCUCCACCCACAAACAUUCCAGGAAUUUCCAAAGCUGUAGCUAGCAGCUCUAUGUAAUAGAACUCAUGUGGAUCAAAGUAGCAGUGAGCCCCCAAUCAGAAAACAUUCACAGUGUGGCUAACACAAUAAAAUGAAAUCACCAAUAGCACAUAAUUCCAAUUUAAAAGCAUAACACAGCAGAAGUGACAUAAAAAUAAAGCAGCAAGGAAUUUUUUUUCUAAAAUCAGCAUUUAAGGAGAAGAACUAAUACCAAAGCUGAAUGGCACAAAAAUAGGACUCAAAUCACAAUAUGGAGAAAACAACAAUAUACCACUCUUAAAAGCCUGGGAGAACAAACUUUGCCCCCACAAGCUGAGGAUAUAAUAAGCUCACCAUUCCCUGUGGGUUCCAUGCAGCAGGCUGAGGUAAAACUUAAGUUCUGAGACUGGUAAAUAUAAAGGCCACAUAGUGCAACAAAUGAAAAAAAUUUUUUUCAAGGUCAACACAUGUUGAGUUUCACAAAUGGGUCUGUCACAAUGCAAAUAUCUGCUUGAGAGGGGGCUACUUUCAUUACCUGGUACACUGGGGGCCAAACUAGUUGUGACAAUAAUUGUUUGGCUGCUGCUGAAAAUGGCAGUCCUGCGUCCUGCUCUCCCUCUCUAUUGUGGCAUGACAUCACAGUGAUUUGUGUUUUCCUGGCCCUGUCACUGGCUGCUGCUGAGGAAAUGAGAAAUCUUGUAAUGACAUAAUAUCUUCUAGAUGUUACAGAGAAGGAAGAGGGGAGGGCCAGAUGCAUGCUUUUCUCUUCUGAGCAACAACUGCACAUUUAUUGUCAUGUCUAGCUUGGUUUUACGUCAGAUGCUUUUUGUCUGCCUGAAUCUCGCCUGCAGGCUACACGGAUCUGAAAUAAACAAGAUGGCAGAAAUGCA